AGCCUUGCAAGCGCACUAUAAGGGUCGAGAGCACCGACCGCAGCUGCUCAUUUCGUAGCUCGAGGGUGGAUUUCGAGGGUGCCGCCGACUUGUUACUGGCCAACGCCGUGCUCCUCGCGCUUUGGUUCAUCCUCGUCGUCAGCGCACUCAUGCUGCUGGCCCCUUAUCUUUUCUGUUAGCCGCCAUGCUGGCUACCCUCAGCCAAAGGUGCGGCAGCAAGCGUUGGACUGCAGCGUUCGAGGCGGCGUGCGAGAGCAGCGUCGGGGCGAGCGUGGGCGCGAGUGCGCGCGACCAGUGGCUGCAGCAGCAGUUGCGGGCGUGCGCCAUCCCCUACGUCAAGCUGGUCAGCUACCGCAUCUCCCGGGCGCGCCAGACCAUGGACGAGGCCAACAGCGAGCUCCUCUGCCCCACAGGGGCCGCCUCAGGCUGCCCCCGCGGCACCAACCUCGCCUCCAGACGGAAAAGCUGCCCCCUCCGCCCCACCAACAGGCUCUUCGACGACAUGCACCCCUCCGCAUUCGAGGUGGUGCGGCCGGCGAGCGCGUGCGGCUUCUACGAGGACCCGGAACUGCCGCAGUCUCCAGACGAGGCGCCAGCGUGUGACGCCGAGGAGCCGGACGAGGCAGCCACAGAGGCUGAAGCUGCCGAGUUGGAGGCCAGCAAGGGAGUCAGACGCUCGUCCAGCGGCAAGUUCACGACGGGCGCCAGACACCUGCUGGGCAACGUGCAGCGCUCAAUGCGCAAAUACGCCACGAACCAGAUGGCCGAGGAGCCAACCAGGGGGUCCGAGCCCAAAAUGCCCAAUGUGAUGAAGCACUACGCCAGGGGAGUUUCACCAGACACCACCAUCGAGCAGAUUGGCGGACGGCUGUCACCUGGACAGGAGAAAAACACCUCCACUAUGCUCUUCGAGUGAUAAAAGCAGGACAUUCGUCUCUUAAUGUUAAAGAAAUCUUGAUUGUUUCGAGGCCUCGCCUCGCCGUGUUCGCCAAUCUAGAAAAAACGCUUUAGUUUUUGGAGCUCCCAACAGAUGGCGUCACCGUUCAAUUGCAAAUAUCAGGUUUUUUAAAUGCGAUUUCAGGUUUAGUGCUUUCCUGGCGUUAAAAUGUUACUGUUUGCGAGCUGGAAACCAAAAUCGGCUCAACAAAUCGCGGAAAAAACAUCUUCUGACGUCAUUCAAGUGGUUUGAAAAUAAGCUAGUUACACCUCCUUGACACGCCCCCUUUUCAAAAUAACUGGGAAUAAGCUAAAUAAGUUUGUGGCAUGGAAAUUUGGCCGAUCGUGCGCCCAGCCCACUUUUUUAUCCCUCGUAUCAGCUUUGCGAUUGUCCCUGGCACUACCCGAUAGCAAACUUCAAGGACACUGAGCUAACUUCACUGACUCGUCUCUGCAAUACUGAGUGUUAAAAAAAUUUGCGGGGCGAGUCGGCCAUAUUUCCGCGACGUUAAUAUAACUAUUCCAGUGACCAAUCCAGAAUUGGUUCAGUAGAAAUAGUCGAUUGACUUUGAAACUUUUGGUUUUCAGACUGUCAAAUGAAUUAUUUUAACGGCAAGAGAGCACAGCCUAAAAAUCCCCAAAAAUACUCUACUUUCUCCGUGAAAGUAUUUUAAUAAUAAAUAAUUUUUAACCUCAACAGUAUCGAAGCACAAUGCUACGAGAAAUGUUUAUUGUUUAUAGGAAAUAAAAAAUAAUUUAUCUUUGAUGUACAA